AAGUAAAAGAAAAUGAAGAUAAAUGUAUAUGAAAGCACCUACAUAAAAAGAAAUAUUUUUUUCUUUAUUGUUCCUUUUUAUCCAUAAUUAUGUCUUCAAAUUUAGUAAAUUGAUUUAUGAGUGACGUGAAGUGGGGUAUGUUAUUCUAUAGAAAGUGACAUACGGGUUUGCGAUUAAUAAAUCCUCCUACAACCAACGACAUAAACACCUAUUACAAUCAAAACGUAGAGUUUUAUUUGAAAAAGUGGAAAUCGGAGCCUUUGAAUUGAAAAAUAUUACAAAAAAUAAACCCUCAUAUUUGGGCCGGUCUAAAGCAAGGUAAAGGAGAAUAGAAAACCAAUGAACCCUCACGCGACAGAAUCACCAACGAAUUUUAAACGCGAAAAUGUUUAUGAAUUGUCUGGAGACUUACUGGAUCCUCAAGAAUUAAAAAGUUUGGGGGUGAGCGGAUGCAUCAUCUACGUGUUGCGACAUUUACCGUUCAAAUCGGCGAUUCAUGAAAAAACCCGUGAAUGGGAAUUCACAGGUCGCCGAGGAGCGACCACAAUGUAUUCAAGCAUGAAUUGGCUUGCAAACUCUACAUACUGGAGGACAAAGCUAGUGGGAUGGACGGGCGCAAUUCCGACGAUAUCCGAUGAACCAAACAAAGGGAAUGGGGAGAGUGUAACAGAAAUUACAAAAAAAGAUUUGAAGAAUUUCGAGAGAUCAUACAAAGAAUGGAAUUGUGAUAAGCGGACAGAGGAUAUUCCAGUUUGGCUUACUGGUUGUUCGCAUGAAGAAAAACAUGAUGAUGAGGUUAUCCUUUGUGAAGAUCGUUCUUCGCAAUCUCGCUGGCUUGCUUAUGCAGAAAAUGUUAUCCGACCGUUAAUUCAUUAUAAAUAUUGGACAAGCGCGGAAGUGGACGAAAACGAAGAGCACUGGUGGGACGACUAUGUUGCCAUGAAUGAAGCAUUUGCGAAGAAAAUAUGUGAAUCAUAUACUCCAGGAGAUUUGAUCUUUGUACAGGACUACUCUCUUUUCCUUGUUCCCAAAAUGGUGCGUGAAAAAUUCCCUGACGCUGUUAUUGCCUUUUAUCACCAUCAUCCCUUCCCGAGUUCAGAAAUAGCUAGAUGUUUUCCUAGACGAAAUGCUAUCCUUAAUGCAUUGCUGGAAUGUGAUUUCGUUGGAUUCGAAGAUUAUUCCUAUGCUCGUCACUUUAUCAGUUGCUGUACUCGUGUUUUAGGAUUUGAAAGUGGUCAUGAUUGGGUUUCCUAUAACUCCCAAAGAGUCAUAGUUCGUCCCCUGACCGUAGGGAUUGAUGUUCCACGAGUAAUUCGAUCAAGUGGCAAUGCCACUGUCUCAGAAAAAAUCGAUGAACUCGCGUCUAAGUACGAAGGUAUGAAGGUUAUUGUUGGCCGUGACCGUUUAGACGAAAUUUAUGGCGUUCCUCAAAAAAUCAUUUCUUUUCAACGUUUCUUAAGACAAUACCCAGAAUGGCGUGGCAAAGUCGUUUUGAUUCAAAUUACGAUUUCUUCUGCAUUCCGUCAUCCAAAGCUUUCUUCUCAUAUUCAAAGACUUAUUGAUCAAACUAACGAUCUUUACGGAUCAGAAAAUUAUAAACCCAUUAUACAUUAUCAAGAUCAAAUAGAUGCUGCUGAUUAUUUUGCGCUCCUUACGUUUGCAGAUUCCCUUUUUAUUAACAGCAUUCGUCAGGGUAUUAGCAACAUUGCAUUAGAAUAUGUCGUUUGCCAGCGAGAUCGCUGGGGUAUAGUUAUGUUGUCAGAGUUUACUGGUACUUCAGCUAUGUUACAUGACGUUCCUUUAAUUAACCCUUGGGAUCACAAUGAGACGGCCGAUAUCAUCAAUGAAGUUUUGUGCAUGCCCCUUGAGAAAAGGAAAAGCAUUCAGCACGAAUCUUACAAACAAGUUACUACAUAUACCAUGCAGUCCUGGACAUCUUCAUUAAUCCGUACUUUGGCCAAUAAAUUGGCAGCCUCGAAGUCUGGUGAGCUGACACCAGUUUUGAAUUAUAAUUAUGCUAAGUCUUUAUACAAAGAAGCACCUCGACGUUUGUUUAUGUUAGAUUAUGACGGAACUUUGACUCCGAUUGUUAGAGAUCCUAAUGCAGCUAUACCAUCUGAAAAGUUGUUAAAGUCACUUAGAACACUUGCUGCUGAUGAACGAAACCAGGUGUGGAUCAUAUCUGGUCGUGAUCAAAAGUUUCUAAGACAGUACAUGAACGACAUUACUGGUCUGGGUCUUUCUGCUGAGCAUGGAAGUUUUGUUCGUCAGCCUCACCGUGAUGAAUGGACAAAUCUGGCAGAAUUGCUUGACCUGUCUUGGAAGAAAGAUGUCAAACAGAUUUUUCAGUAUUUUACUGAUCGUACUCAAGGUUCCUUUAUUGAAGAAAAGCGUUGUGGUAUGACUUGGCAUUAUCGAAAAGCGGAUCCUGAGAAUGGUUCAUUCCAAGCGAUCGAAUGUGAAACAUUACUUGAGGAGAUGGUUUGCUCCAGGUUUGAAGUUGAAAUUAUGAGAGGAAAAGCAAAUAUUGAAGUACGGCCUUCUAGUAUCAAUAAAGGUGGGAUUGUUAAGCAGAUUUUGUCUUCUUACUCUGAUGAAUCCACUCCUUCUUUUAUAUUUUGCGCUGGCGAUGAUAGAACUGAUGAGGAUAUGUUUCGUUCUUUAAAUAAAAAAGCCAAUCUUGUUAACAAGGAUUCAUCAUUUGCUGUUACUGUAGGUUCUCCACAUAAGCUUACAGUUGCGGAUUGGUGUAUCCCUGAAGCUGAAGAUGUUGUCAAUUUUCUUGCCGAGCUUGCUGACGCUACUAACUAACAAAUUAACAUAUUUGGGUUUACCGAUUCGAUGAAUCAAAUAGUAACGUAUAUACUUUAAUAAUGAAGAGAUCAACCAUCUUUACUUUACUUUAUAUAAGUCUGAAUACCAGAUAGCAAGUGAGAUUCUAAUCCUAAUUACCCAGUGAUCAUCGGCAUGGUUCCUAUCGUUUUCAUUUACGGAAUCGUUUGAUGUUAUAUAUAGAAACGCGCUAGUGACAUGUCUUUAAAUAAAAAUAUUAACACCUGGUCUAUGUAGUAUUAUUAAACAACUUGCUCUUUUAUCCUAGAAAUAACGAAAUGAUAGAUUAGUGAUUAUAUACAAGAACAAAGCAUAAACAUCUCA